AUGCAAUCGGCGAAUCGGGACCAUUUCUUCGAGACCGAUGCGUCUCAAGCCCAGAGGGCCAGGAAGGCUGCCAAAGCAGGAAACAAGCAUGGCGAUCCCGUGGAACUCAAGUCCAAAAUCCUCGCAGCGAUACCAGGCCCGACGUCGUCGCCUUCAUCCAUCUUUGUGGCAGAGUCUGCAGGUUCUAUCCGGCACGUCGAGCUGAAUUCACCCGAUGCUCAAGCCACGACGUACCGAGGACCGAAAGCCCCCGUCACCUGCCUUGCUCUGGGCGGCAAAGGCAGCAAAACCAUCUUUGGCGGGUGCUGGGACAGAAGCGUCUGGUCAUGGGACGUUGAGUCCUGCCGGGUUGGCCGGAUAUACAGUGGUCACUCCGACUUUGUCAAGUGCGUUCUGUGCACCCAGCUGCAGGGCAGGCAAGUUCUCGUCAGCGGAGGUGCGGACAAGAAGAUCAUCGUGUGGGAUGUCGAGUCUGGCCGUCCGCUGCACACCCUGCAGGAUCCGGCGACAAACAUGAUGGCGGUUCAGCACCUGGCCCUGGACCCUGUCCUCAGCACGGCUUCCGAGGUUGUCCUCGCGAGUGCCUCUAGCGAUCCGCGCAUUAGGCGCUGGAAGAUCUCCCUGGACCGGUACGAGCAGCUGGCUGAAUCGUUUCACGACCGGCCCGGCACGGAGCGCCUCACGAUUGAGGAGCACCACACGAGCGUCUACAAGCUGGUGUUUGAUGUGGAUGGAGAGGAUGUGGAUCUGUGGACGGCCAGCGCCGACGGCACCGCCAAAUGUCUCUCGCGGACGCUCGACUUUGUUGCAGACGAGGUCCUGGCGCAUGGCGACUACGUGCGUGCGGUGCAACCAACAGAGAACUGGAUCUUCACCGCAGGACGAGAUGAGCAGGUAAAGGUCUGGGAUAGAACGACGGGGAAGCUCUACUGUGCGCUUCAUGGCCACUACGAGGAGAUUACGGACCUCGUGCUGCUUCGCAACACCCAAGGUGUGCCGGAGAAGGUCUGCAGCGUCAGCAUUGACAGAACGAUUCGAACCUGGCCAGUACAGAAGAGCGAUCUGGAUCAUGUUGUGAGGCAGAUGGAGGAUCUCAAGAGGCCGAGCGUGAACGAGAUUGAGACGGUUGAAACCCUGUUGACAGCUGAAGAGGAAGCCGAGUUGGCGGAACUUGCGGACGAUUAG